CAUUUAUUGGGCAUUUGUUUGAACAUCUAGUCUUCAAAUAAUCCAUGAGAAUUGCAAUAMUAUCUGGGUUUUUGGAAUGAAAAUGUCCUAAGAACAUUUUUUAAAUGGAAAUGAUCGACGAUUUCAAGGAGCCAUUUGAUAGCCAUGUGUACGUUGAGCGUUUGGCUAGCACAGUUGAGGGAGGAGGUAAUAGAGGGGCAUUUGAUGCAGUCAAGUUAUCAAAAAAGUUUGAAAAUACCAUUCGUGAGCUUGUUGCUCUAGAUGAGAAAAUGCAAGGCCGAAUUAAUAAACUUGAAGAACUGUGUGUAAGAGAACAAGAAGAACACAAACAAACAGCUGUUGACUUGGAAUCAACAUAUAAGGUUGCUUUCGGAUACUUCCAGGAACUGGAUGAUCGCAUAAACUAUGUAGCUACUAAAGUCGUUCAUCUGGGUGACCAACUUGAAGGGAUUAAUGCACCAAGAUCAAGAGCUCAGGAAGCACAAGAACUAAUGAAGUACUUUAAAGAGUUUAGYUCACAAGAUGAACUCACAUCUGAAGUAUUUACAGACCCUGAACAGAUACAUGAAGCUGCUAAUAUCAUUCAGAAACUAUCAAUAAUAGCACAAGAAUUACCAUCUGACAGAUUUGAAGAAGUCAAGGAUAAAAUUCAAAGUCACUAUUCUCAAGUGGAGAGUAAUCUUAUAAGACAGUUUAAAAAUGCGCAUCACGAGGGAAACAGACAGAAAAUGAGAGCAUGUGCUGAUACCCUUGUUCCUUUUAAGGGAUAUUCUCAAUGCAUUGAUACAUUCAUUGACCAAUGCCAACAAGGACAAUUCUACAAAAAAGAUGUAUUUGAAGCAGCAAUACCAUUAUGCGAAAAUGUGCACAGUCAAAUCGAUGAUGUCUUUGGAAAUAAUGCUGAAGUUGUCAUGGGAAAACUUGUUCAAAAUAUUCAUGAAGGUGUAUUUCAGGUAAGUGCACUCUUCAGAUUCAUGUAUUUUCAGAAACAAGUAGAAAGGAGUUUAGGACUGGGGACGAAUAGCACUGAAAUAGAUCAUCUUAAGGAAAAAUCAAACCUUAUCCUUGACAAAUACUACAGCUCAAUGCAUCAUCAAAAAAAGGAGAGACCAACGGGGACUACCGGACUUUUCAGUCAAGAGCUCCAAAAAAGGAUGCCUGGUCUUCUCUCAAACCCAUCCGCAGAAUCACCCAAAGAGACAUACUUAUCACAGGAUGUAGCUGUGAACCUUUUACAAGAAAAUACUAGUGCCCUCACUAGAUGYGAAGUGCUUUCUAGUUCAUCAGAGCUGCCAACGAACGCUUAUAGUAUCUAUCAAAAACUCCUAGAUCAUCUAUGUGUGGAUCACAUUGAUUAUGCCUUGGAUAUGGCAUUGCAAGGUUUACCACCACCUGAUCCAAGAGGAGAGAUAGAGACAGUUUUCUUCGAUGUUUUGAGUCAAGCAAAUGGUAUUUUUCAUCUUCUUGAGAAACAUUUCACUGACUCUAUUAUACAUCUAGUUGGAUCGUCUCCUGUCUACUCCGAGUGCAUCCGUAGAAAGAAAGAAGUCAUGGAAUGUAUGGAAUCUAAACUAGACACCGGACUUGAUAGGGUAUUGUCUUCUCUCGUGGGAUAUGCUAGGUACAUUCUCAAUUCCGAACAACGAAAGACUGAUUUUAAACCUGAAGAGACUUUAGCAAACACUGAUUACUUUAGCUGCACUGGGGCAUGUGUAAAAAGCUGUCARUUUAUUCGUUCWCAACGAGAGAGAAUACGUAAUGCUCUUGAUCACAAGAAYUUGGAGGCAGUCCUCACCGAGUUUGGAACCAGGAUCCAUCGACUUCUUUUUGAGCAUUUGCAGCAAUUUACCUACAGCUAUGACGGUGGAAUGCGUGCCAUUUGUGAUAUCAAUGAGUACAGGAAAUGCAUGAAGGAAUUCGAGGUUCCUUUAUUGAUUUCUCUCUUUGAGACACUUCAUCAACUUGUCAAUCUUCUUCUGGUUGUUCCCGAGAAUCUGAAGCAAGUCUGUGGUGGAGAUCAGUUGGCAWCCCUUGACAAGUCAGUUCUUCAGCAAUUCAUCCAGCUCAGAGCUGACUACAGGACAUCAAAAUUACAACGUCUGAUUGUAUAGAURUAUCACUAGUAGUCGUAUUGAAUUAUGUAAGGCUGCUAACAGCUUCACUCUAGAUAUUUCACUAUGGACAUCMGUUUGAUUUUGUCGAGGGGCGAUUUUAAUGUCACCGAUUGACAGUUCCAAACUGUUGRUCCCAAAAUGUCCYUGGAAUAUAAUCGGACUUCUCGGAAAUGAUCUAAGUUGAAGCAAAUCACUGGCAUCGUUACUGUAGACGAUUUCUAUUAACACAAAACGCUAGAAUAACAUAGGUUAUUCAUYUGAAAGAGAUUUCUUAUGGAAACUUAAGUUUUCAAAUCAAAUUAUUUUUUGCGGUAAAACGUAAAAUGGACUCCAGUGCCAAAAGUGAAAACUAUGGCAUCGUGACAUUUGUUCGCUAAAUAUAAUAUUCAUUGGAUUUUGUAAAACGCAUGUAAGUCUCGCAGUAAGGGUCCGUCUUCGCUAUACCUUGUCACAUGACAGGACUCUUAAUUGAAAACUUCCUCAUUUACURCGAUAGCAAUAGACCUGACAAUGCGUAAAAUGCAUGAUAAAACUAGGGAACAGAAUGAUGGUGCAUCUAUCCAAUAGAAACUUCUUUUAUAGAAACCUUGUGUUUGGGGAAUUCAUUCUAUGGAAAAGCUGUCAAAGAAAUAAUUUAGGGUUUAAACUAUGUAAUAACAGAGUCGAUGAUCCAAUUAAAAUUUGAUUUCUGAACGUA